AUGCCAAUGCCAUUAGAUCCUUUUGUUGACGACUCAAAUAAUAGAAGAUUAUGGAUCGGAAAUUUGGAUCCUAGAGUAACAGACUAUUGUAAUUUUUUUUUUUAUUGGUUUGUGCUUUUAAAACUUCUGCAACAACAUGGUGCAAUCGAAAAAUUUGAUUUAUUAUUUCAUCGAUCGGGCCCGUUAGAAGGCCAACCUAGGGGCUACGCUUUUGUAACUUAUGUACAAACAGAAUUCGCUGAAUCGGCGCAAAAAAAACUCGAUGGAAAAUAUCUCGGAAGCAAAAAAUUAAGUGUAAAAUGGGCCUGCACUCUUACAAAGGAACCAGUAAUUGAAAAGCAAAAACCUAUUUUAAACAUCCCAGCUUUGGCAGGUACUAAGGAUACAAAAAAAGUGAGUAAAACAUCUACAAUACAAGCAAUAGAAGCAAAACUCAAAACAAUGGAAGAAGCAUCUUCAUCAUUUUAUCUUGAAUUAGACAAAAAACCAUCAAAUUUACAAAAAAGAAAAUAUUCACCAUGUAAUAAAUCUAAUUAUUCGAUAAAAGAAUCAAUAGGUUUGUGA